AUAUAUUAAUGAUAGGGCGUUCAAAGUGUUAAAAAAAAAUCUGUGAUUUUGAGCUGAUGAGCAACGACUGAAACUGUAAAAAGAGAUUCAAUCAGUCAUUGUCAUCUGGCCCAGGGCAGGAAUUCAAGAUGCCCUUACUUAAAACAACCAAUAAGUGUGUGUAUGUGCGUGUGUACCAGCAGCCAAUCAGCUUGCAUGUGGGCGGUGCAGCCGAGUAUAAGUGCAAGUGUAGGUGUGUAGUGUUGUGUGUGUGUGUUUUUUUCAAUAGGAUCAUCAUGUCCACCACUGCGUCCUUCGUGCCUCUUUGCGGCCUUCCCCAGCAGGACCUUCCGUCUCUGGGCGUGGAUCCCUCUGACUUCAGCCUUUACAGCCCUCCACCUCCACCCGAGCCCAGACACUCUUCACUGGCGUGCCUCCCACCAGACCUCGGCCUGCUCCGCGGGCCUGUAGGAGAACACCCCAACUUUGGAGCCGCCUUCUACAACCACCAUAGUCCUUUCCUCCCCGGCGGGCCUUGGUACUCUGCGGACGGGAUGCUGGGCCUGGCCCGUCCGCCGUACUCCUACUCGGCCCUCAUCGCCAUGGCCAUACAGAGCUCACCCUCGCAGCGGCUGACGCUAAGCCAGAUCUACCAGUACGUCUCGGAGCACUUCCCCUUCUACAGCCGCAACAAAGCCGGCUGGCAGAACUCCAUCCGGCACAACCUGUCGCUCAAUGACUGCUUCCGCAAGGUUCCACGUGAGGAGAACAAUCCUGGUAAAGGAAACUUCUGGACUCUGGACCCGAACUGCGACAAGAUGUUUGACAAUGGCAACUUCUGCCGCAAGAGGAAGAGGAAAACCGACACCUUGACAUCCGCCAAGAAAUGUCGCAACUCCUCGUCUGACUCCUCGUCUGAGCCCAGUCCCAAAUGUCCCAACAUGCAUUGCAGCUCGGAGUUUCCUGCCCUGUCAGACCAACAUAUCUCCCCUCAGUCUUCCGUGUGCAUGCAGGUCCCAGAUGAGUCCUCCCUGCUUCCUCCUGCUCUUCCUCCUCAGGGGUUUGUCUACUCGCCAGGAGCCGUGGUGCCUCAGUGGGAGGCCUGUAGCUCCUCUCCUUCUCCUCCUUCAUUUGCUCCUGCCGUGUUCUUCCCCUCUUCUCAAUUAAGCCAUCCUCCCUUCUCGCCGUCGUCGCUCUACACUGACCUGGAGACCACGUGCGCUUCUCUGCUGGAGUUCCACGAGGAGCAGCCACCGCAGUUGGACCCCUUCCAGGCUCACCUCUUGGGGGGCCUCAUGGAGGAGCUGCCCCUUGACUCAUUAGUUAUCAAGCAGAGACUCUAACAUCCAUUUGAUGCUUUAAAAUGUCUGCCACUGUGCUAAUAGCUAUUUAU